ACUCCCGACGUGAUAUCCAAAAAUGUGCGGAAUGUCUGCGAGGCUGGCUACAGAAACUCUCAGCUGGGGCCGUCGGGGCCCACGACUGCAAGCAGAUUAUCCAGGUCUACCAUUCACACACUACUCCAAACGACAAGAAUGCUAUAUACGACCAGUUUUCCAAAGCGGACUCUAAGAUCCGAAUUAUGGUGGCCACAGAAUCAUUAGGAACGGGGGUAGAUCUCUCGGAUGUCACACGAGUUGUCCAAUACGGCUUCCCUCUGGAACGACUCUUAUGCGUCCUUAUCCAACGAUUUGGCCGUGCAGCUAGGAUGGCUGGCAUUAAAGGAGAGGCCAUCUUCUUGGUGGAAAGUUGGGCGAUAGGUGACAGGAUCUUAUCGACAAGACCGGCGCUUCUAUCCAGAACUCAGACGCCGUCGUGUUUAAGACGGCCUUCCAACACGAGCCGGUUAGCUCAGUCGUACUCUGCUGAUCCAGGAGUGGGCGGUGACAUCCUAGAUGAUGAAUCGGAUAUUGCCGUAGACGCCAUUAAAUAUGAUAUACCAGGAGAGCAGCACCGACGCAAAACGGAGAGAGAACGCCGAACAGACCUACACGAUGACUGUCCGGCGCUAUUCAAUCUUGUUAAUCGAUCCGCAUGCCUACGCCGAAUCCUAAUGGAUUGGCUACAAGAGAGUCUAUCGGAUCCAGCAUCUAGGUUACCGGCUCCUGAACCGCAGGAGUGCUGUAAUGUCUGUAACCCAGAUCUGGCGCGGGCGGUACCUUUCCCAUGGGAUACCACAACUGGUCUUCGUAAGCCCCAGACUGGAACGGCAUCCGGCGCAUUUUAUAACCGCCUGACCCUCUGGGGAGAUAACGUUGUGAAUUCGGCACAUCGGAUGAUGAAGCCAGAACUCUCAGCACGGUUAUUCGCGCCGAAGGAAGAGUAG